GCGCUUUGGGUGACUUGAAAGGUGCUAUAUUAUUAUUGGUCUUAAAUGAGAUUUUUGCUCUUCAGGAGAAUCCCCCAGCGAUUGACCAAAGAGAAGUAUGCACUUGGAAUUGGUAGCCUGUUUCCGUCGCUCCAAAAUCCACAUGGGAAGACAGGAUAUGAGCAUUUUUACGAUGGUCAGAAAGGUGGUGGGUUUCUAUCGUGGCAACUGAAGUCCGUUCAGAGAGUGACACGACUUUCUGGAAGGGUCAAGGAUUCAAGAAAGGAAGAGAACAGAGGCCGCAUGCUGAGGAGAGAGAUCCGCAUACGCCACCGUGAUGACCAGAGAUGUCAAGAAAUCAUAUCUUUGAUGAAUCAUAUGAACAACAGAGAAAUCAUCAUGACAAAUAUGAGAGAGACACUGGAGUAUAGACAGCGCCUUGUCCAUGAUCCUGACCGAUCCUCCACUGUCCUUUCAGUCUUCCCACGGCUACUGGACACUAAAGGAUUGAUUCUUCAAGACUUCAGACUCCUGUUUGGGUCAGAAACUCCAUCCAAACUACUGGAAAAGUGGCCGACCUCCUUCCAAACAAAGGUCAUCCAACAGGCCGAAAUGCUGACUUCCACACCUCUGCUGACACGCUUGUUGAUGUCUGCCAAGAAUGAGAGGGAUGAUGAACAAUCACUGGAAUCACCAGGUAUGAAUGGCGUGUCACGUGUCACAUUGCCUAUGUAUUAUUGUAACUUAUCGAUGAAAGACUAAAAGGAGUGUAUGACCACACAAUGUGGAAAUUACAUGCUACAGUGGAAUUGCGUGAAUUUCUUGCAUGUACUAUGAACUGUUGAAACUUAUACAGAUGAAUAAAACAAUAGAUCAUUGUACUCACUUCUUACAGAGUGGGACAGUGAUAUUGUUAGGACUGGGGACUGUCUUGGCCUCUAGAGGCCGCUGUUAUGUUUUUUUUCUUGUCAUGUUUGUUUUGGGCCUCUAGAGGUCGCCACUGCUUCUGUGUUUUGUGUUUGCUUUGAUUGCCUGUUUAGUCCUCAUUAUUGUCACCUGUUUCCCAUUUAGCUUGUGUAUAAAUACUUCCUCAGUUUGGUCCCUAGUCACGGAGUCUUUGUGCUACCUAUGGUUUGUUUCCUCUGUCCCGUGUACCUUGCUUAUGCUCUUGUGGUUUUUUUUUUUUUUUUAG